GCUUGCGAUGCUGAGCUCCACCGCCCGCCGCCUCGCCCGCCCGUCGCUGCUGGCGCGUGCCAGCAGCCAUGCUGCCAACAGUCUUCCGCCGGCCCCCGCCGACUAUGACUGGGAUGCCUUCCGGGCCAAGGCCCACCAAACCAUCGAUUUCAUCGUCGACUACAACAAGCGGCUGGCGGCACGCGAGCUGCCCGUGCUGCCGUCGUGCGAGCCUGGCGACGUGCGUCGCGCGCUGCCGUCACGCCCGUCCGAGACGCCCGUCGAGUGGUCGCAGAUCUUAGCCGACGUCGAGAAGGUCGUCGUUCCCAACAUGACGCAUUGGCAGCACCCGGACUUUAUGGCGUACUUUCCCGCCCAAGCCGCGCCGUCGGCGAUGCUCGGCGAGCUCAUGGCCAACGCCAUGAACCAGCCGGGCUUCAACUGGAUCUGCUCGCCCGCGGCAACAGAGAUGGAGCUCCACGUUAUGGACUGGCUCCGCGAAGCUUUCGGCUUGCCAGAGGCCAUGUCGUGGCGCGGCUCGGGCGGUGGCAUCAUGCAACCGAGCGCGACCGAAGGCAUGAUCGUCGCUCAAGUCUCGGCCCGCACGCGCAAGCUCGCUGCCAACCCGGGUCUAUCCCUCGACAGCCUCGUGAGCUACUACAGCGACCAGUCCCAUUUCUGUGUCGAGAAGGCGAGCAAAGUCCUCGGUGUCAAGCAUUUGCGCAAAAUUCCAUCGGUUUUGGACCCGUCGACCGGCAACUACGCCAUGGACCUCACGGUGCUCGCGGCGACGAUCGCAGACGACAAGGCCAAUGGCCUCGCGCCGUUCUUCGUCUCGGGCAACUAUGGGGCGACCGGUGUUUGCGCGAUCGACGAUAUUGAAGCCAUGGCCACCAUCGCUUCGGAGCACGACAUGUGGCUCAACAUGGACGCCGCGUACGCUGGCGUGGUCGCGCUCUUGCCCGAGAUGCGGUCGACGCUCGGCGGCAUGCACGUCUGCGACUCGCUCCUCAUGAACGGCUCGAAAUGGUUCCACCUCAUGUUCAACUCGAGCUUCUUUUUCUUUCGUCAAAAGGAGCAUGUCGUCCAAGCACUCAACGCGACUGGCGCGUACCUCGAGAACAAGCACACGGCCGAGAACAACGUCUUUGACCUCAAGGACUACCAGCUCGGUCUUGGCCGGCCGUUCCGCGGCUUGAAGGCGUACUGCACGAUCCAAAGCAUGGGUCUCGAAGGCUUCCGCGACGGGUUGCGCCGCCAUUUGCAGCUGGCGACGUAUCUCGCCGACGAGCUGCGCCAGCACGACUCGAUCCACGUGCUCCGAGAUGUCUUUGGCCUCGUUUGCUUCCGCGUCAAGGACGCUGACGAUGCGACCAAUAUGGCGGUCAUGGAGCGCCUCAACAACGUCGAGGGCAUCCAUAUGGUCCAUACGGUCACGGCCGACCACGGCGUUGUCCUCCGCCUCGCGCUCUGCCACCCGCAGCUCACGGUCGACGACAUGGACCGCCUCGUGGCCAAGGUGCUGCGGUCGCUGCCCGAUGCACAGGACGUGGCGAUCGUCGCCUAAGACAGAUGAUCGAUGCGGUUGUGAAUAGAAACUGCAUUUUGGCUCCUGUCGUCGAGCAAUGAAC